AACCAACCCCAAACGAAAAAAAAAAAAAAAAAAAAAAAAUCCCAAAUCGGAGCCCACUGAAAAAUCCCCAAUCGGAGUUAGGGUUUUCCAUUCUCAAAGUUCAAAUCUUUACCCUUUCCUACUCUCAUUUUCUCGGCGCGACGUUUUCGGGAAAACCAAUUAGGGUUUCGGCAUUCGAAUUUUACAGAUGUUCUCGCCGCUGAGGAAGGCGCCGGCGGCGCUUUCGCUCACGCCGAGGAACACUGACAAAGGCAAGGCCGUAGCCUACGUCGACGGUCCUCCGCCGCCGCUGGGUUCGUUGAGCGAAAUCAGAAGCGGCGGCGGGGCCAAAACGUCGCCGGAGUUGCAGAAUGCAGAUUGGAGGAGGUUUAAGGAGGUUGGGUUGCUCGAUGAGGCGGCGAUGGAGCGCCGUGACCGCCAAGAACUCGCCAAUAAGGUUGAUAGGCUCGAAGCCGAGCUUUAUGAUUACCAGCAUAACAUGGGGCUUCUCCUUAUCGAGAAGAAAGAGUGGGAAUUGCAGCAUGAGGAGUUGAGCCAAGCAUUGGCUGAAACUCAAGAGAUUCUACACAGAGAGCAGAGGGCUCAUCUAAUUGCAAUGUCGGAAGUCGAGAGCCGGGAGGAGAAUUUGAGGAAGAUAUUGGUGGAGGAAAAGAAGGCCGUAGCUGAGCUCGAAAAGUCUCUGCGUGAAAUGCACGAGGAGUAUACCCGGACAAAGCGUGCAUCCGAGGCGAAGCUGGCUGAUGCCAAUGCGUUGAUUGUUAGUGUUGAGGAUAAAUCUCUAGUGACAGAUGAGAAGUUCCUUGCUGCGGAAGCCAAGCUUGCUGAGGCCAACAAAAAGAGUCUAGAGGUGGAGAGGAGGUUGCAAGAGGUGGAAACACAGGAGAAUGUGCUUCGGAGGGAGCAAGCAUCGUUAGCUACAGAGAGAGAGGCACACAAGGAAACCUUUUACAGGCAACGAGUAGACUUGAAUGAGUGGGAGAAGAAGCUUAAAGAAGGGGAAGCGAGGCUGAGUAAUCUUCGAAAACUUUUGAACGAGAAAGAGGAAAAAACAAAUGAGAAUGAGAUAAUUCUUAAGCAAAAAGAGAAAGACCUUUAUGAGGCUGAAAGGAAGAUUGAGUCUUCAAAUGCUCUAUUGAAAGACAAGGAAGAUGAUGUCAAUAGACGACUAGCUGACCUAGUUUCAAAGGAAAAGGAGGUUGAUUCAGCUUCAUACAUAUUAGAGAUGAAGGAGAAAGAAUUACAUGCAUUGGAGGAAAAACUAAGUUCAAGAGAAAAUGUAGAGAUUCAAGAGCAUCUUGACCAGCACAGGGCCAUUCUUGAUAGAAAAACACAAGCCUUUGAGUUGGGACUUGAGGAAAGAAGAAAAGAAUUUGACAAAGAACUGAGUAGCAGGAUAGAUACGGUGGAACAAAAGGAACUUGAAAUUAGUCACAAGGAAGAAAUAUUGAAGAAGCAAGAGAAAGCGUUGGAUGAGAAAUCUGAGAGGCUGAAGGAGAAAAAUAAGGAAGUUGAAGUAAAUUUGAAAAAUUUGAAGGAGAGAGAGAAGAACUUCAAAGCUGAUGAGAAAAAGUUAGAGCUGGAAAGGCAGCAAAUACUUGUUAAUAUAGAGCACCUUCAGAAUCUUAAAGAUGAAAUUCAGAAAAUAAAAGAUGAAAAUGUUCAACUGGAGCAGCAAAUUCGUGAAGGGAGAGAGAAGCAUGCAAUUACUGAGAAAGAGAAGUCAGACCACCUGCGUUUGCAGUCAGAGCUACAACAGGAAAUAAACAAUUAUAGACUUCAGAAUGAGUUACUUUUGAAGGAAGCUGAAGAUCUGAAGCAGGAGAGGGAAAAGUUCGAAAAAGAGUGGGAAGAUUUAGAUGAGAGAAGAGCUAAAGUUGAUGGAGAGCUAAGAAAAGUUGUUGAAGAGAAAGAACAAUUGGAAAGAUUGCAAUGUAUUGAAGCAGAGAGGUUGAAAGAAGAGAGAAAAGCAGUGGAGGAUUACAGACAGAGGGAGAUAGAAAAUCUCAAACAGGAGAGAGAAUCAUUUACCGCUAAGAUGACUAAUGGGCAGAUAGCCUUAUCUGAAAAGGCCCAAUCUGAGCAUGCUCAAAUGGUCCAAGAUUUUGAGUCACGGAGAAGAGAUCUUGAGACUGAUAUGCAGAAACGGCAAGAUAAGAUGGUAAAACAACUGCAGGAAAGGGAGACAGCAUUUGAGGAGGAGAAGGAUAGAGAAUAUACUAAUAUUAAUUUCUUGAAGGGAGUUGCUGAUAAACAAAGAGAAGAGCUAUUAUCUGAAAGGAAUACGAAUGAAAAGGAAAGGGAAGCACUUGCACUGCAGAAGAAGGAGCUAGAAGCCAACCAACUUGAAAUGCGAGAAGACAUAGAUCAGCUUGACAAGCUUAGCAAGAAGAUCAAGUGCCAGAGGGAACAGCUGAUUGAGGAAAGAGGCCGCUUUCUUGCCUUUGUCGAGAGGGUUAAGAGUUGCAAGGACUGUGGAGAAAUAACAAGGGAAUUUGUGCUCUCUGAUCUCCAAGUACCUGGGAUGUAUAAUGUUGAGGCUGUUCCUAAUUCAGAACAUAAAGAGUCGGGAUGGGGGGAAAAACUGCAACAGAAAUGCAAGUUAGUGGUUUCCAAAGUAACUUCAAAUAAAAAACUUGAUGUGUCUACCGAGUUACCACGACCACCAGCUAUGCAGAAAGGGAAGGAGCCUAAAUUGCUUGCUAGUGAGGAAGCAAGAGGUCAUAGCAGUCAUGAAAAUGAACCUCAGCCAUCUCUUAGGAGAUGCAAUGACUCUGCCAAUGCUGAAGCAGCUGUAGCUGAUAACAAUUGUAAAGCGGUGGAUGGGUAUGCUCCAUCAAUUGACGAUUACAGUUUCAUUAGCAGCCAGGAGCAAGACAUUCCAGAAGAUUCUGAGCAAUCAGAGCUGAAGAGUGGCCGACGAAAACCAGCUAGGGGACGCAAGUCUAGAUUGUCUAGAACACACUCAGUGAAGGCAGUUGUUGAAGAUGCGAAGAAAUUUUUAGGAGAAACUCCAGAACCAUCAAAUGCAAGUUUGCUCAAUGAGAGUAGUUACAUAAAUGAGGGUGAUUCCAGUUUUACUAGCAUCGGUCGGAAACGACCACGCCCUCGUAGCUCCAGGGUAGAAAGCGAGCAAGAUGAUUGCGAUAGUGAAGGACGUUCUGGUAGUGUCACAGCUGGUGGGCAUAGGAAGAGGAGGCAACCUGUUGCUUCAGCAGUGCAAACCCCAGGUGGACAGCGAUAUAAUCUCAGAAACCGCAAGACUGCAGGAACAUUGGCAGCAGCGUCAGCAGCGCCUCACUUGAAAAGUAGAAGGAAGGAAGAAUCAAAACCCGAAUCUGUUGGCGCAGAGCUCAUUCAGGUCACAACAUUAAAACCUGUAGAGUCAACAGAGGAGCGAGUUGUGAGGUUUGCAACACCAGAACCACGAGACACUGUUAAUGGCAAGGCUGAUGCAACGAAAUUGGUUGAAGAGGCAGAGUUGAGUACAGAAUUGAAUGGCACAGAAUCUAGCCACAGCACAGGUGGUGAGAGUGGCGACAGCUCAGGUGAUGAGAGCGGUGAUGACUAUGAUGAUGAGGAUCAUCCUGGUCAAGUGUCAAUAGGGAAGAAGAUCUGGACCUUCUUCAGCACAUGAUGUGUUGAAUCUAACUCUUGGACAAUUUUUGAACAUGUUGUAAUGGCAAUGAUUUAGCUUCAGCAUCUUUAGCCCUGUAUUGAGUUAGCUUCAGGCUCUUAGCUUUUUCUUUUCUUUUCGCCUUAUUUGCCUUGUAAUUCCAUUACCAGCUAUAGCACCUGCAAAUUGAUAACUGAGCAGUUCGAUUGUAGAAGUGUAUAAGCUCCUUGUUGAAGUGUAUAAAACAGUCCUUGUUUCUUAAUGCAGGAAGUUUUCGGAAUCAAGUUUUCAG